AUGGGACGUGACUACGGCACCAAGAAGCGGCUUUACCUCUCCCGCCCAGCGCCAGACCUACUCACCACUCGCAGUCGCGUCACGCGAUACAUCCCACCGACUCCCCCACCAGUCGAAGAACCCAUCCCCAUCAUUGAGGAGCCAGAACCAUGUGAGCCAGAGCCGGCUCCAUGUCCACUCCCUCUUCCCGAGCCAGAGCCUCAGAUCGAAGUCAUAGCCGUGGACGUCGAGCCGUCUGUUAAAUCGUCCAAGUCUAGCCGCAGCCGCUCCAGGAGCCAUAGUCACACCCGUGAGAAGGAGGUGUACAUUGAGCGUGAUCGCUUUAUCCCUGUGCCGGUGCCGGUGCCUAUGGAGCCCAAGUAUGAUACAUAUCGCUACGUUGACGCGCCGAGGAGAUAUGUCGAGCCUCCGAGAGAGAGGAAGAUGAUUGAAGACAAUAGAGAGAGGACGACGCAUAUCCAUGUUCAUACUGAGGACAGGGAGACCAGUAGGGAACGGAGAGACUACCAUGAUAGAGACUAUUAUGAUAGAGGGUACUAUGAGAGGGAGUAUUAUCGGCGCUGA